AAGAGCUUUCUGUCAUGUGUCAGCACACUGAGGACCAUGGCUGCUGUCGCGGAUCCAGCUUCAUUCUCGUCUUUUUUGAAGUGCAUUACCAAGCACUUGAACCUGAAAUACAGUGUCGAUUUUGACAGUCAGGUUCUAAAAGGGAAGGUUGCUCUCACCAUUGAAGCUCUGGAAGAUAAAUUUUCCACCCUGAUUCUUGAUACAAAGGACCUGAAGAUUUGUAAGGUGACAGCCAAUGGACAGGAAGCUAAGUUUACUGUUGGUGCAUCACACAGCUUUAAGGGAGCUCCUCUGGAAAUCACACUGCCCUUUGACCUCUCCCGGGGUCAACAUGCGAUCGUGGAGGUGACCUUUGAAACAUCCCCAAAAGCCUCAGCCCUUCAGUGGCUCAAUCCUGAACAGACUGCUGGGAAGAAGCAUCCCUACCUCUUCAGCCAGUGCCAGGCCAUUCACUGCAGGAGCAUGGUGCCCUGCCAAGACACCCCAUCGGUGAAGCACACCUACUAUGCCCAGGUGUCUGUUCCCAGGGACCUGGUGGCUCUUAUGAGUGCGGUGCCUGAUGGGAAGGAAGUGGAUCCCCAAGACAGCAGCCGGACUAUCUACCGCUUCAGGCAGACGGUCCCCAUGCCAUCGUAUCUGAUCGCCAUUGUGGUGGGCGCACUAGAGAGCAGACAGAUCGGACCAAGGUCUUCAGUGUGGUCUGAAAAGGAAAUGGUGGAGCUCGCCGCAUUUGAGUUCACAGAGACAGAGUCCAUGCUCAAGACUGCUGAGAAUCUGGCUGGCCCGUAUGUUUGGGGACAGUACAACAUCCUGGUUCUCCCCCCCUCCUUCCCUUAUGGAGGCAUGGAGAACCCCUGUCUCACCUUUGCCACACCCACUCUGCUGGCAGGUGACAAGUCCCUGUCUAAUGUAAUAGCUCAUGAAAUCUCUCACAGCUGGACUGGAAACUUGGUUACCAACAGGACUUGGGAGCACUUCUGGCUGAAUGAGGGGCACACCGUAUACCUGGAGAGAAUGAUUGCCAGGCAUCUUCACAACGAGCAGUUCCGCCAGUUCAUGGCCAUGGGAGGCUGGAAGGACUUGAAGGAGGCGGUAAACACUUUUGGUGCUAAAAGCCCUUUCACAAACUUGGUCAUCAACAUGGAAGAUGUUGAUCCUGAUGAUGCCUUUUCCUCAGUUCCAUAUGAAAAGGGUUUUGCUCUGCUCUACCACUUGGAAGAAUUGAUGGGCGGACCAGAGGUUUUCAUGGGGUUUGUUAAAUCCUACAUCCAGCUGUUUGCUUACAGCAGUGUUACCACUGAAGACUGGAAGAACUACCUGUAUGUCUACUUUAAGGAUAAGGUGGAUGUUUUGAAUAAAGUGGACUGGAACAGCUGGUUUCACACUCCAGGAAUGCCCCCAUUUAAACCAGAGUAUGACAGCACUCUGGCAGAUGCCUGCAUUGCUCUUUGCCAGCGAUGGACCAAGGUGAAAGAGAAAGAUCUGGCCAGCUUCGGCCCAGAGGAUAUACAGGGAUUUUCCUCUCACCAGAUAAUUGAAUUCCUGUCCUUACUGCUGCAGGAGGAGCCUAUUCCAUUGUCCCAUGUGAAAAGGAUGCAGGAGGUUUACAACCUGAAUUGCAAAAACAACUGCGAAAUACGAGUCCGAUGGCUUCGUGUUUGUUUAAGAGCCAAGUGGGAGGAUGCAGUUCCUCUUGGUCUGAAGAUGGCUACAGAGCAGGGACGCCAGAAGUUCACCCGGCCUCUCUAUAGGGAGUUAUAUGGCUUUGAGAAAUUCCGGACAGAGGUGGUGGAGACGUUCCUCAAAAACCGGCCUUGCAUGCACCAGGUCACAGCUGCCCUGGUAGCCAAGGACCUAAAGCUGGAACAAGCCCAGACCCCCAGCCUGUAGUCUGCUACUAUAUGUAUGGAUCAGUUCAGCAUAAUCUGUAUACUCUAGCAUCACUGCCGCAUGGUGUUAAACACAUGGUAUUUAAAAGCCAUAGUCAAACAGCCUGAUUUUAUUAUCCCUGCCAGGGUUGGUUUUACAGUGUCUCAGGGAAAAUAUUAGUAAAAUUUCCAAAACUUAUAUUCAUAGGUGAUUUUAAAAAAGAAAUCGCUUAUCUCCAUUCAAAUUUACAUAAAAUGUCUUCCCAUAUUCAGAUGUGCACAUUGUAAAUGUCACUAAUUACUGCAGAAAUUCUUACUCCUGAUUAUAUGGAUAUUGAUUUUUUGACACCGGUCAAGUCCUACAUGAAAUUAUUAAACUGCUCUAAAACAA